CUCUCUCUUUUAACUAUUUUUUGUUUCUUUGAUCAACCAAACAACAUUUCUCGCACUCAUAUUUGCUCCUCACCCAUUCUAUAUUUCUUGCGCCCGCUUCAAUGGAUCCUCGUCGACCGACUUUAAUCUUCUUGCCCCCGGAAAUCAUGGAGAACAAACCGUCAAAUAAACCGCUCCUCGCGACGGAUGGUUCAUCCACCGAAAGCGAUAGCAACUCCGCGAAGAGCGAGGAUACGAAACGACCGGCUUUAUCCAUUCCUUCAAACAUUCCCCCAGUCGUUCUAGACAAGAUCAAAUCACAGGACAAUCCUUUCCCGAUCGACUAUUACAACUUGUCGUUGGAUCCAAAAGUCGAGGAGAUCAUUCAGGGGGCUUUUCCGUCUUCAAUUUUCACCGGAAGAUGGACUUACAACAAUCUCCCGCAAUUUGGCGAUAUUCCUCACCCUUUUGCACCUAUAUUAACCCAGGGCCCAUCAUCAGCUAACAAGGAAUCGGACAAGGGCGCGGUCCAAAGGGAUUUACCCUGCUGCUUUCAUCAAAAGUAUGUUUGAGUCGCUCAUAUUAUUAUUCGACAUGAGGACAACGCAUUAACGUUUUUUAAGCCUGCUGCCAUGUGUACGUUGUGCGCUGCGUUUACAAGAUGGUGACCUUCGCGCUCUUUGCCGAAAGGAUGUUGGUAUGGAACAUUGAUGAUGCCUCGCAAUUUCACUCAUAUUUUCACUGUUCUGGGCCUUCAUUUAGCUGACAUGCUCUAGAAAAUGAGACUGAGACCUGUGUCGAAUGCGCUUAUGCUGGUCGCACAUGC